AUGUACAAAUAUUUAUGGGUAAUUAUAUGUGGUAUUAUAUAUUAAUAAUUUUUAACGAAUUAUAAAUAAUUCAAAUUUUAAAACCAAAUGAAAACUUUUUAAAUUAGUAAAGACUCAUCAUUUAGGAUCCUAGUGCCAUAAAAUAGAAUUGAAAUGGAAGAGGAAACAGUGGAAACAUCAAUCUAGUUAGAUUCAAAGAAUAUUUAUCGACCAAUUAAGAUUAUAUUUCCUCCUCCAAAUCUCCCAAAAAUCAUUACAAAUACAAAAUCAUGUAAUUGCAAGAAAUCCUAAUGCUUAAAACAAUAUUGUGAUUGCUUUGCUAACGGAUAAAUGUGCUCAGAAAAUUGUAAUUGUGUUGGUUGUUUCAAUAAUACACUUAAUAUGGAAUAAAGAAAGGAGGCCAAAGUGUAAAUUAUUAAUCGAGACCCUGGAGCUUUUAAAUAAAGUUUCAAAGGGUGCAAUUGUAAAAAGUCUGGAUGCCAAAAGAAAUAUUGUGAAUGUUUUUUAAGUGGUCUAGCAUGUACACAUUUGUGUAGAUGUGAUGGAUGUCUCAAUUGCUCAAAGUGA